CAGACUAAUAACCAAUCGUUCAUAAAAGACAGAAAACUGUCAGAAAUCAGUCAGUAAGUGGAUAGCGUCUUCUGAAUUGUGCUGAAAACCCCCCAUAGACAGACCUGAACGCUGGUAAUAUCAGGAAAAUCACAGAAGAUAAAACGCUGCCAGUCGAUCUUCUUAUAAACAUGGAAACUGCUACUACAGAGUUCCCGUUUUACCUUAUGCCUCCUUGCCCGGAGACCGUGACGAACCUCAACAGCACAGUUCUGGUCGUAAUCUACAUCAUAGUCUUCUGCCUGAGCUUGCUGGGCAACACCGUGGUCAUAUUUGUGGUUUUCUUCAUGGACAACCGCAGGACGUCCACUGAUCUGUACCUGAUGCACCUGGCAGUCGCUGACCUGCUUUUUUCCCUCACUCUUCCCUUCUCGGUGGCUUACCUCCAUGCCGGUCAUUGGCCCUUCAGCACCAUCAUGUGCAAAAUGAUCUCUGGCGUGCAGGAGGCUACAUUUUACUGCAGCGUUUUCAUGCUAGCGUGCAUUAGCAUCGAUCGCUACAUGGCCAUAGUAAAAGCAACACAAUUCCUCAACCGAAAGCUCCAUCUGAUUGGGAUUGUGUGUGCGUUGGUGUGGCUGUGUGCCGGUCUCUUAUCUCUUCCUGUUAUGGUGUACCGUGAAGCAUUCAAAUAUGAUGGUGUGGCGUAUAUAUGUGAGGACAAUGUGACCGCGGAGAGCACCGACAGCUGGAGGAUGAGCAUCCGCAUUAUCCGUCAUACUCUGGGAUUCUUCCUGCCGCUCGCCGUGAUGGUGUUCUGCUACGGUUUCACCAUGUUCACCUUGUGUCACACGCGCAACAGCCAAAAGCAGAAGGCUAUGCGGGUCAUCUUGAGUGUGGUGCUGGCUUUUAUCAUCUGCUGGCUGCCCCAUAACAUCAUAGAGUUUACAGACAUCCUGAUGCGAGCCGGACAGGUGGAGGAAACAUGCCAGCUGAGGGAUAACAUAGACGUGGCUUUGUAUGUGACACAGGUGAUGGCGUUCGCACACUGCGCAAUAAACCCCAUCCUGUACGCUUUCAUUGGGAAGAAAUUUCGCAACCAGUUGCUGAUUUCUCUCUUUAAGAAAGGCCUGUUUGGGAGAAACAUGCUAUCCAGAUAUGGAGUGGGAUCCUUUCAGAGCUCUGGAAGCACUCGGCAAAUGUCUGUGACGCUGUAGUAAAUUAAAUGUGUGCAGGCUUCAAUAAACAUGUGAAGACAUGGCAGGUGUGGUAGGUCCAAAAGUUAGGUUAGGAUAAGGAUAAGGAUAAGGAUUAGGAUGAGGGAAGGGUAGGGUAGUUAGGGUAGAGUAGGUUAGUUUAGUUUAGUUUAGUUUAGGUUAGGUUAGAUUAGAAUAGGUUAGAUAGGUUAGAGUUAAGUUAGACUAGAUUAGGUUAGGUUAAAUUAAGUUAGGUUAGGGUUAAGUUAGGUUAGGUCAGGUUAGGGUUAAGUUCGGUUAGGUUAGGUUAAAUUAGGUUUGGUUAGGAUUAGGUUAGACUAGGGUUAGGUUAGGGUUAAGUUAGGUUAGGUUAGGUUAGGGAUAGGGUUAGGUUAGAUUAGGUUAGGAUUGGGUUAGGGUAGGUUAGAUAAGGUUAGGUUAGGGUUAGUUUAAGUUAGGGUUAGGUUAGGGUUAGGUUAGGUUAGAUUAGGUUAAAUGUUAUGAUUAGGGUUGGGGUAGGUUUAGAUUAGGGUUAGGUGAGGUUAGAGUUAGGUUAUGGUUAGAUUAGGGUUAGGUUAGGUUUGGAUAAGGCUUAAAAAUAUAUAACUAAUAGUUAUACCGAUGCUAGUUGCUUGAUUA